GUUUUCUACCUGGACACUAACUGGCCCUGCCGUCAAGUUCUGAAGAAACUGAUCCUGUAUAAUAAUCUCCAAGACAGAAUUACAGUUGUAGAGAAGAACGCUGAAGACAUCACAGGGGAGGAUCUAGAUCACAUGAAGAUUGAUCUCGUCAUCGCCGAGCCAUUUUUCCAGGCCGCCUCGCUUCCCUGGGAACAUCUAUACUUCUGGUACGCCGUCAACUCUCUUCGUCAACAUUUAAGUGGUACGUGCGUCAUUCUCCCAGAACAGAUGACCAUCAAGGCUAUGGCUGUAGAGCUCCGGGAUCUUCACAAGAUCCGGGCACCCGUGGGCAGCUAUGCCGGGUUUGACAUCACAGAGUUUGACAAACUUAUUGAGAUGGCAUCACUAUCGGCUGAUGAAGACAUCGAACCCCAGCCUUUAUGGGAGUACCCCACAAUGGCUCUGUCACGACCUGCGCCACUUAUGUCGAUAAGUUUUAAUCAGUCAGUUGAGAGCUUCAGCGAGAUACAGCAGGUUGUGGAGCUGAAGUGUCAUAGGGAAGGCACAAUGAAUGGAGUUGUAUUUUGGUCAGAAUUCAGCUUUGGCAGUGACUUGACAAUCAGCACCGGUUUGGUGGAUGAUAACUGCGAAGCCAGAAAAAUUAAGUGGGACAUGUUCUCCAAGCAAGGGGUGAAAAUUUACAGACACAGCAGUGCUGUUGUUGCUGGCAGCCGACUGAAGGUUGAGACUCAGUUCAAACCACAGAAUGGGGACUUUUCAUUUCUGGUUGAUGUUUGUGGGGAGCAGCAUGUGGUCGAUUGA